AUGCCGGUGGUCUCUGACCAGUGGGCCAGACUGGCGCAGAGCAAGCCGGUGUCCAUGCUCCUCCUCUGUGUGUUCGGCGUCUUCCGUACGCACCAGCAGGUGGCGUGCAUCGAGAUCGGCGCUCAGGCGGCCGCCCUCGAGGACGUCGGGCCCAGGCCGCGCUUCUUCUCGGAGCCGUACGCCGCCCUGCUGGUCUGCGGCUUCCUGGGCGGCUGCGGAGGCAUGUUCAUCCCCUUCAGCAAGGGUCUGGAGCCCAUCAUGAAAGGCAAGGUCUUCCCCGUCACCAUGGCCUUCUACGGGACCAUCUUCUACGUCGUCGUCACGCGCCUGCUGGCCUGGGACAAGCUCACCGCGAAGAUGGCCCUGGCGGUGGUUCGCGUGAUCUCGGAGCUGCUGCCGGCUCCGCGCGAGAAGGUGCUCGGGGCGGUGCGCGCCUCGUACAAGGUCCUGAAGCUGCCAGAGGCCACGACCCUGCCGCAGUGA